AUGCUCUCCACUCCAACAUCACUAGGCCACUUCACCCCACCCACCCUGCCUUCCUCACAACCCACCCUGCCUCUCUAUUCCCAGCUAACCCCCCCUGGGAGUGGUCAUGUGAACUCAGCAAACACUCAUCCCUCCCGUUUGCCUCUCUCCACCCCUCACCUUCUCUUCCCCCCACCCCUCACCUUCUCUUCCCCCCACCCUUCACCUUCUCUUCUCCCCACCCCUCACCUUCUCUUCCCCCCACCCCUCACCUUCUCUUCCCCCCACCCCUCACCUUCUCUUCCCCCCACCCCUCACCUUCUCUUCCCCCCACCCCUCACCUUCUCUUCCCCCCACCCCUCACCUUCUCUUCUCCCCACCCCUCACCUUCUCUUCCCCCCACCCCUCACCUUCUCUUCCCCCCACCCCUCACCUUCUCUUCCCCCCACCCCUCACCUUCUCUUCUCCCCACCCCUCGCCUUCUCUUCCCCCCACCCCUCGCCUUCUCUUCCCCCCACCUCUCGCCUACUCUUCCCCGUCGCUGCCCUCAACUUCUCUUUCCCCGCGCCCCUCGCCUUCUCUUCCCCCCGCCCCUCGCCUUCUCUUCCCCCCCACCCUCGCCUUCGCUUCCCCCCCCCCUCUCACCUUAUCGCCCUCGUCGCUGCCCUUACCUUCUCUUUCCCCCCGCUCCUCACCUUAUCGUCCCCGACGUCAAACAGCAAUUCUGACUGCAUUAAUCGCCGCCUCGUCUCCUCGUCACCCCCCACGACGCCAUCACCAGCCCUCCGCCCUCCUCGCUCCGCCUCCUCUACGCCCUCCGCUUCCGCUCCGCCACACGACGGCUGA